UCCAUCUUCUUUCUUUUUUUUCGGGACUCUCUGUCUUCUUGUGGCUCUACUCAAAAACCCUAAUCCUCAGGCUACCGACUCGUUACAGCUGAUGUUAUUUGUCUCUUCGCCGAUGUCAUUUCAAGGAGCUAGCUUCCGCCACAACGUGAAUGUUAUGGAUAUGAAAGAGUUCAAGUGUAUGCCCUGGUCAUGCGUUAACAGUUUGGGGAGGCAUCAUUGCCUCUUUUUACCAUCUUCAAGCCAAUGCAAGAUAGGUUUAGCUCGAAGCUGUGCAAGUGGGAAAACUAUUCGAUUUGUAGUCAAUCUUGGCUUAAAUUGCGAAGCCCUGCAGCACUUUUUGGACAAGCUUCUGAAUUGUUAUCCGUAAGAUCCUGUAAAGUGAAAAAAAGUGAUGAUACUGAGGGAAACUUAAGUGGUGAAAGCAUUAUGUUGGAUGAGGAAAUCCUAAAGCGGGAACUACAGAUUGCCAUUGAGGAGGAAGACUAUGUCCAAGCAGCAAAAAUCAGAGAUAGUCUUCGAAUGUUUGAAGAAGAUACCCGGACCUCAGUGCUGGGAGCAAAUGCUCGGUUUUAUGAUGCAUUCAAGCAUGGUGAUCUUGCUGCCAUGCAAGGCCUGUGGGCAAAAGGGGAUAAUGUAUGUUGUGUGCACCCGGGGGCAAGUGGGAUAUCUGGUUACGAUUCUGUUAUGGAAAGUUGGGAGGUUGUAUGGAUGAAUUAUGAUUUUCCGCUAGCAAUUGAGGUGAAAGAUGUUCGAAUUCAUGUUAGAGGGAAUGUAGGUUAUGUUACUUGCAUAGAAUUUGUUAGGACAAAAGGUAGCAGUUGGGGAGGACAGUUCGUAACAAAUUUGUUUGAGAAGAUCAAUGGUCAGUGGUUUAUCUGUAUUCAUCAUGCAUCACCUAUUGAUUUGUGAACACAUAAAUUCACGCUAAAUAGGAUCAAUUGUCUUAUUUAGUAUUAUGAAUUUUAGUAUUUUUUCUUAUUUGGCUUCAUAAAUUGAAGAUUGAAACAAUAAUCUGCCGUUAGAUUAUUAUGGAUAAUUAUAAUUAUAAUUUCUGGUA